AUGUCGAAACAAACUGAUCACAAGUUCACUCGUAACCAUUUGCAGCAAUCGUCGUUGUCGCGAUUAAUGGUAUUUUUUUCGCUAUCGCUAUACGCAGAAGAUGUCAGCAUAUUAAGAAAAGUGUUCAUAUUCCCCAGCCUCUGGAACUAACAACCAUGGAUCAAUUCUUCAACGACAUGGAAAAGGAGAAACCAAUCCGAUUCACCUCUCUCCAGCUAAAGGUCGCCACCGAUAAUUUCUCCACUUUGUUGGGUUCAGGGGGUUUUGGAGCUGUAUACAAGGGUGUUUUCAACGAUGAAACCAUGGUAGCUGUCAAGGUUCUCCAUGGAACUUCGGAUAAAAGAAUCGAGCAACAAUUCAUGGCGGAAAUGGGCACAAUCGGCAGAGUUCAUCAUUUUAACCUAGUUCGACUCUAUGGUUUCUGCUUUGACAAGAACCUGAGGGCCUUAGUUUAUGAAUACCUCCCAUAUGGUUCACUUGACAGGUUUUUGUUUACCCAAGAAAAGAAAUUAGGAUUCGAGAAACUCCAUGAAAUUGCAGUGGGAACAGCGAAAGGGAUUGCUUACUUACAUGAAGAAUGUCAACAACGAAUCAUUCACUACGACAUAAAGCCUGGAAACAUUCUCUUAGAUUCAAAAUUCUGCCCCAAAGUUGCUGAUUUUGGUUUGGCCAAGCUCAUCAACAGGGAAAACACUCAUAUACCCAUGACCGGAGGUCGAGGAACUCCAGGAUAUGCAGCACCGGAGCUUUGGAUGCCAUUUUCAAUAACCUAUAAGUGUGAUGUUUAUAGCUUUGGGAUGCUAUUAUUUGAGAUAAUCGGCCGGCGAAGGAACCUUAACGUCGAAGUCCCGGAGAGCCAAGAGUGGUUCCCGAGAUGGGUGUGGAUGAACAUUGAGAAGAAUGGCGACAUCGGAGAGUUAAUAGGCACAUGCGAGAUCGAUGAGGGAAGUAGAGAGACUGUGGAGAAAAUGGUGAAGACGGCUUUAUGGUGCGUUCAGUAUAGACCUGAACGGAGGCCAUUGAUGAGCAUGGUGGUUAAAAUGUUAGAUGGAGCAGCCGAAAUUCCUCAACCUUCAAAUCCGUUCGAGCAUUUGCUGGAUCACAAUUCCACCAUUGUUGCUGCAGGUGUUUCGAGUUCAACAUGGACGGACGAUUCAGAGCCUUCUUCUUCGGUGGUAACAGAUCAGUCCAAGUGGUUUGGACUUCUACUUAGGUUUGUUAACUCUGAAUUGGUUUUUUAAUUUAAGCACAAAUAAUUUAAAAUUUAUAACAA